AAUCUAUCUUUUCCUCCCAACCCCUCCCAAAUCCCUUCUCUCUACCCUAUUCCCCACCUCCGCCUCCGCCGUAAUCCCACCUCCCCGGCCACCGCCGCCGCCGUCACUCCGGCCACCGCACCGUAACUCCCACUGCGGAAGCAGCCCAGGAGGUAGGCGGUGAAGCGGGGGGUGGGAGGUUUUAGACUAGACGGCGCGCCGCUCGCCGGCGAGGUCGCCCAGCCCCAUGCCACCCGCGCGCGUCGACCGGUCGGAGAUGAGGCAGAACACAAGUCACCAAGGUUCCAAUGAUCCCAGAGUACAAAAGGAAAGGCAAGCAGAAUGGGCCAGACCUGGAAGAGUUUUUAAUAGGAACACUAACAAAGGAGGUUACUUUCGGAAUUCAUUGCCUGGAGUCACUAGGGAGUUUCGUGUUGUGAAAGACAAUCGACAGAAGGUAGUUGGUGAGACUAUACCAGGAUCAUUUCAUAAUGGAGUCCCAAGCAAUGAACAGAUCGCUUCCAAUAUUGGAGACAAAAGCUCAACUGAAAAGUUACCUGCACAACGCCAUCCGGUUACUCAAAAUUCUAAUGGACGUGGGGUAGCUCAAGCUGAUAAUGGACGCAAAGAAGUCAAGCCUUCUAAUGACCAAACAGUGGGACAAUCUGAUGGGAUGAUUACAACAAUGGUUGGUUCACAUGCAGUUCUAGCAAAGGGUAAUCAGAACAGAGUGCUUGCUGUGCCAUCAGGAACAAAUAAUUUUACUGGUGAACUUUGCUGCUCUUCGUCAGAUCCAAUACAUGUACCCUCUCCUGGUUCUAAAUCAGCUGGGACUUUUGGAGCAAUAAAGCGUGAGGUUGGAGUAGUUGGUGCUAGGCAACGGCCAUCUGAUAAUACAGCAACAAAUACAUCCACUUCAAACAGUUCAGUUAAGGUGCCAACAAGUACAGCAACAAAAGAGAAUGCUUCAAAUGGACAGCAAUCUAGAUCCUCUGGUGUAUCAUCGAAAAACUCCCGUCCUAGUUCAUCUACACACUUGAGCAGUAGACCAUCUUCUUCGAGUCAAUAUCAUUCUAAGCCAAAUACUCCUGUUGGUCAUCCAAAAGUGAACCCACAAUUGGAGUGGAAACCCAAAUCAGUAAGCCCCAGUCCUGCCAAUCAUGCAGAUAAUGUGGUACAUUCUAGUGCUGCAUCAUCUGUUGAUGGUAAUCAGGCACACAUGGCUGGUUUGUCUAAGAAGCUUUCACAAACUAAUGUUUCUGAAGAUGAGCAUGUCAUCAUACCUGCACACCUCAGGGUACCAGACUCAGAAAGAACACAUCUUAUAUUUGGUAAUUUUGAAUGUGAUGUUGAGUCGAAGGCUUUUACAUUAGCUCCUGAUGCUUCAACUAACAGAGAGUUUAAUGCCCAUUCUUCUUCAAGAUCAACUGAUGAUGUGCCUCCUACUGACCAGACGGAUCUUGUUGGCUCUUGUGUCAUGCUUCCGAAAUCAGAUUCCUUUGUUUCAGUUUCCGAAUAUCAGCACCCAUUGACUGAGGACAUGGAGGUCUUGAGUCCAGGUGUUUUUGGAGAGCAUAGGACAAAUGAUAUGAUUUCAACCCAGGUCUCACAUUCUUCACCUCAACCCCAGCAUCAGGACAAUUCAGCAGUGCAUGACUUUAAGGAAUAUGAGCCAGAUUCUAGGUAUGAGAUGCCAUUUAUCACUAAAGCUGUUGAUAGUGAGGCGACCCAAAAUAUACCUUAUCCGUCUGAGGUGAUGGGCUUGCAUGCUGCAAAUUUCAAUCAGUUAUCUGUUACUGCAGCAACUCAGCACCCAGUGCCUCAAAUGUACCACAUGCAUGUAUCGCAAUAUCCAAACUGCUUGCCAUAUCGACAUGUUUUCUCUCCAUACUAUGUGCCUCCAGUGGCUGUUCAAAACUAUUCAAGCAAUCCAGCAUUUACACAAUUGCCAAGUGCCAGCAGCUAUUUGGUAAUGCCAAACGGAACGUCACAGCUAGCACCCAAUGGCAUGAAAUAUGGACCACCUCAUCAGUGUAAGCAAAUGUUCCCUGGUGGCCCUGCUGGAUACGGUGGUUUUACAAAUCAGAAUGGUUACCCAGUCAAUACUGGUGUAAUUGGUGGCACUGGUAGUGUCGAAGAUGCCAAUAUGAGUAAAUAUAAGGACAACAAUCUUUACACACUCAACCCUCAGGCUGAAACAGCAGAUGUGUGGAUUCAGGCUCCUACAGAUAUUCCCGUCAUGCCGUCAACACCAUUCUACAACAUGAUGGGCCAACCAAUGUCUCCCCAUACAGCAUACUUGCCACCGCACAAUGGUCAUGCCCCUUUCAGCCCAGUUCAACACCCUGCUCACCUGCAGUUCCCAGCCAUGCCCCACGGACUGCAGCCGACAACGAUGACCAUGGUGCAGAACCCACAACCCAUGGUGCAUCAGCCAGCCUGUCCGCCGUUGGCUGGAAAUAUCGGCAUUGAUAUGGCAGCCAUGGCUUCUGGAGCUCAGGUUGGAGCAUUUCAGCAAAACCAACUCAGCCAUCUCGGCUGGGCUCCUCCCAGUUUUUUAUGAUGAUUUGGAUGGCAGUGCUCUCAUGAGACGACAAGUGAGCUGGUUUCGUAUCGACAAGAAAAAGAAAAGAAAAGAACUGAUUGAAGAGCUAUGCUCUAAUGCAAGUAACUCAUGAUACUUGCCACCUUUUGUUUAUGAUGCAGGGAAAAACAUGUUAGUAUUCCAGUUCAUCUUGCACCGCCCAAAGCGUGUCCUGCAUUGGAAACACCAAUUUUGACUGCCAGUUUGCUAUCUUAUUUAUUUCUGGUUUUAUAGUAUACAUCAGUUCGAUCUUAACUUUUCUGAUCGAUGAAAUGUGUGCUCCGAAAUGCUUUAUGAGUUCAA